UGAUUCUAAUGUAAGCUGAUCAACCAGAGGCUACGUGUGUUACAAUAGAUAUGAAAAAAUAUGCUGUCAUGUGAUUGAUAUUUAAUUCAAUUGUAUCAACCCAAUGAACAGACAGUGAAAAUUAGAACCAAUUAUGUUCAAGGUUGUUGUGUUGCUCGAAUUGUAUAUAAGCAAGAAAACCUGAUUUGAGAGACAUUCGAAUCACUGUCAGCUUGGUAAUCAUUGAUCAUGGUAUUGUUGCCCAAUAAACCUGCUCCAGAAUUCAAAGGAAAUGCUGUGGUUAAUGGUGAAUUCAAAGAGAUCAGUUUGAAGGAUUAUCGAGGAAAAUAUGUUGUAUUAUUCUUCUAUCCAGCUGAUUUCACAUUCGUGUGUCCCACUGAAAUCAUUGCGUUCAGUGACCAGGUGGAGGAGUUCAACAGUCGAAAUUGUCAAGUGAUCGCCUGCUCUACAGAUUCUCAAUACAGUCAUCUUGCAUGGAACAAUUUGGAUCGUAAAUCGGGUGGAUUGGGUCAGAUGAAAAUUCCUCUGUUGGCCGACCGCACACAGGAGAUCUCCAGAGCAUAUGGUGUAUUAGAUGAGGAGGAUGGUAAUGCAUUCAGAGGUUUAUUCAUCAUUGAUCCGAAGGGAAUUCUACGUCAAAUCACGAUCAAUGACAAGCCAGUUGGACGAUCUGUAGACGAAACAUUACGACUACUGGACGCGUUCCAAUUUGUGGAGAAGCAUGGUGAAGUGUGUCCAGUGAACUGGAAACGUGGUGAUCAUGGGAUCAAAGUUAAUAAGAAAUAAACUUUUCAUCAUUUUUCAUUGAUCACUAUAUUCAUGUUGAGUGACUAGAUAUCUGUGUGCUGUUCUACACAUGAAUUUGUAAAGUGUUAAAUUGAUUUCCAUAUAAAUAACACCUUCCAUUCAUUCCGAU